AUGCAAACCAUUAAAAACACAAUCGCCGAAAACCUCGGCAAGACAAUUUCUGGCGCCCAUUCCCUCGCACCCGCAGACCAGCAAUUCUCCCUCGAAGAAGUCCCCGACCUCAGCGGCAAAGUCGCCGUCGUAACUGGCGGCUCCGAAGGCAUAGGCUACGGCUGCACGCACACGCUCCUCUCCAAAAACAUCUCCAAACUCUUCAUCAUCUCCAUGAGCAAAGACAUCGCCUCCGACGCCACCUCAGCCAUCGCUCAAGAGCUCGGCCAGGACAAAGCUUCGCGCGUAGAAUGGCUGCAGUGCGACCUCUCAGACUGGCCCGCCGUCAGCCGCACCGCUUUUGAAAUCACAAAGAAAACCGACCGCCUCGACAUCCUCAUCAACAACGCAGGCCGCGGCAUAAUGACCUAUCAACUCGCCUCCAACGGCGUCGACCUGCACAUGGCCGCCAACCACAUGGGCCAUGUAGUCCUGACCUCGCACUUGCUCCCUCUCCUCAAAUCCACCGCUGCUACCGGCACCAAAGUCCGAAUAGCUCAACUCGCAUCCAACGCGCACCAAAACGCUCCCAGCGAUACUUCCUUCGCCUCCUUGGAGGAAUUAAAUCAGGAUUUUGGCCCUAAUGGGCAGUAUGGCCGCUCCAAACUCGCUGCUAUCUUAUACGCCCGUUACCUAGCCCGACACCUCACGUCCUCGCAUCCAAAUGUGCUAGUCAACGCUACGCACCCCGGUGUAGUCGAGACGCGGCAGUCCGUCGAGCACAUCCACGAGGCGUAUCCGCUUGCAGGCUAUGGUGUUAGUGUCGCCUUAGCGCCGUUCAAGAAGACACAGUUUGAAGGUGCCGUAAGCACGAUGUUUGCAGCGACGAAGACGGAGGCGAGUGGGCAGUAUGUUUGUCCCCCCGCGAUUCCAGAGGAGGGGAGUGCCAUGUCGCAGGAUGAGGAGUUGGGCGAGAGGUUGAUGCGGUUGACGGAGAGUGUAGUGAGGGAGAAGACGAUGGGAGAGAGUGCGGGGAAGGGGUGUCCGUUUAAGAUGUAUUAG